AUGGUGGCCUCCGUCGGCUGGCUGGCGGCCCCUCUCGUGUCCCGCGCGCUGCUCGCAGCCUCGGGCGAGUCCGGGGAAGUCCCGCGCAAACUGCCGCUGCCUGUCUGGCUGCCCCUGGAGGUCCAGGCGUCGCCCACUUACGAGAUACUCUACAUCAUAGAGGUCUACUGCGUCAUUCUGAGCAGCCUCGUCACCCUCUGUACAGACGUCCUCUUCUUUAGGUUCAUGCUCAUGGUGACCGCCGAGCUUCACGUUCUGAACUACAACGUUGCGACUAUGGCCAAGUGGCGUGAGAGAGUUUCAGAUGAACGACAUGAUUAUGGUCAUCAACAAAAUACUGAAGUCCAGGACUCUUACAUGGUGGGUAGAGCACUUCAAAUGGCAGAAACAUCCUAUGAAGAUGGCUAUGACGACCAGUUGUACCAACAACUAGUGACCAACGUUCGCCAUCAUCUGAUCAUCCUCAGAACUGUCAACCUCUUGGAGGCAGCAAUGAGCAAAUCGAUUAUAAUUCUCCUCUUCGUUAACAUGGGCGGCUUAUGUUUUAACCUCCUCGUUGUCGGUGUGCUGUUGCAGGCCGGUGGGGGAGUGACACGACCCCUGACUCUGGCCGCCACGAUACCCUUCCUGCUGUACCAGACUGGCAUGUUCUGCGUCUUCGGGCAGAUGGUAACCGACCAGAGCGAGGAACUGAUGAUUUCUGCAUUCAGAUGCGGAUGGAACGAGAGCGACGCCCGUUUUAGACACAGCCUGCUUAUCUUCAUGGCGAUGGUAAAUCGACCUCUAGAGAUCACAGUUGGCAAAACCUGCAUACUCUCCAGAGAGAUGUUCCUACAGGUACUGAACGGAUCAUACACAUUGUUCAACAUGUUUUAUCAAGUUCAUAGUACUUCGUGAAAUAUUGGCACUGGCUGUGUUCUAGAAGGAGUCAACUCUUCAGU